AUGAAAUUAUUAUUAAUUGCACUCUUAGUAUUAGGAAAUACAUAGUGGAUUACAUCAUAUGAGGCAUUCCAAACAGAAGAAUUUGAUUCUUUAGAUGGUAUAUUAAAUAAAUAAUAUAAAGGUUGGGUGAUCUAAAAUUAAUUUGAAGCAACUACAGAUAUAAUUACAAAAUGUAGUGGUAAGAAUAUUAUUGGUGGACUAAAGACUUUUGGUACUAAAAGUACAGCUACUAAAUUAAUUAAAAUACCACCUCAUUAUAAGUUGAAGUUCAAUUUGCAAUUAUGGAAGUAUUAAAAUUAUAUAUAAUUUAUUUUUUAGAAUAGGAGAAUGGGAAAAUGAUGUAUUUUCUGCUUAUGUAGAUGGAGUUCCUUGGGAAAUGAAAUGGGGAUUUACAGAAGGAGGAAUUCGUCUAUGUGGAGGAUCUGAAUCAAAAAAUAGUGAUAAGGUAUUUGAUGUGGAAUUUGAAAUACUUCAUAAUUCUCCAACAGUUACAACAGUAUUGGCUACUACUUCUUAAGGGAAAGCAGAUGUAUAAGCUUGGGGAUUUAGAUAAAUAAAAAUAUCAUUUAUUCCAUGUCCAUCAGAUUGUGGGAUAUGUCAUAAUGAUAAAGUUUAAGAAUGCAAACAUUGGAAUUAAGAAGCAUUGAGUUGGUUCCAUGUAGAUACAAAAUUGGAAGGAUGGAAAUUAGAGAAUGGUAAACCAAAAGGAUAUGAAUGUUCUGGUAUAGUAAUAUUUGGUGGAUAUGAAAAUAUUGGUGCUAAGGCUUUAUUAUCAAAUACAUUUACAAAUAUAGUACCUCAUAGUAAAGUAAUGGUGAAAUUUACUUUUUGGAAGGUAAAAUUAUGAUAAUAUAUAUUUAUAGAUUGAUUUAUGGGAUAAUGAAGAAUUUUAUGUAAAAAUUGAUGAUAAAUAAGUCUAAAAAUUAGCAUUUUAAAAAACAGAUGGAAUUGAUUUAUGUGGAGCGUAAAUAUUUAUAUAUAAUUUUAGUAAAUAAACAAAUCCUGGUUAUGGAGAGAAAAUAGUAUCUAUAGAAAUAAUUUAAAAACAUUCUAGUCCAACUUUAACUAUAUCAUUUACUACAUCAUUAAAAAAUGAUCCUGUUGAAUAAUCUUGGGGAGUUCGUGAUUUCUUUUUGUUUGCUGCAUAAUGUACAAAAUUUUGUGAUGAAUGUGUUGGAACUGCUGAAAAUGAAUGCACAAAAUGUUAACCAACACAUACAUUAUAAGAUGGUAAAUGUAUUAAUAAAAAUGAAUGGUAUAUAUUAUCUAAAGAGUUUUAUACUGCUGAUUAAUUUAAUAAAGUAGAUGGAUGGAUAUUUUAAGAUGUUGAUCCUGCUGGUCCUAAUCCACCAUUAACAAAAUGUGGUGAUUUAGGAUUAGUAGGUGGAUAUUAAGCUUUUGGAAAAGUAAUUAUUAUAAUAUUAUUUAUAAUUUUAGAAAGCAACAGUUUAAAAAGUAUUUAAAUUACCUAAACAUGAUUUUGUUAGAAUUAAGGCAACAGUUUAUAAAAUAGAUUAAUGGGAUGGAGAAGAAUUGACUAUGUUUGUUGAUAAUUAAGAAUUUUGGAGUUAAUUUUUAGGAUGGAAUGAUCCUGGUUAAAGUGAUAUUUGUGGUAAUUAAAAUGGAAAAUGGAAAGAAAGAAUAAUGAAUAUAGAUAAAAUCAUUGCUCAUUCAUAAUCAGAAUUAACUGUUGAUUUCAAAAGCACAUUAUAAAAAACUGCAGAUGAGGCUUCUUGGGGAUUUAGAGAAUUUUUAUUAUUAUAUUCACCAUUAAAAGAAUGUAUAGAAGUCUUUAGUGAAUGUAAUUACAAAGGAUAAUCAUCUAAAAUUUGUGAUAAUGUUGAAUCACUCAAAGAUGUAUAUAUAUUAUUAUAUUUAGGCAUAAAUAGAAUUUGAUAUCAAAUCUAUCAAAAUUCCUGAAGGUUUGAAAAUUACAGGAUUUAAGAAUCCAGGAUUUAAAGGUGAUAGAGUAGAAUAUGAAACCAAUUAAGAAUGUAUUGACAAAAUUGAAUUCUCGUUGAUAUAAAAGUAAUUGACAGGAAAUAUGAAAUAUAUAAAUAAAUGA